AUGGCCAACCCUCGACUCCUUCUCGACAUUGACGAUGCAUUAGUAUCGGACUUGAACCCGGCGCGCACCGACACGGAAGGUCUAGACUAUGAGCGCUGCGCAAGACUGCACAAUUAUCUAGUGGCCUACGGCUGGAUGGCAUAUCACCAGCGCAGUCCUGAAGAUCUCGACGAGUUGUUAGCCCGUCCUAAGUACUUUGAGCGUCAGCAUGAUGACUCAGAAAUCUCGCGUGGCCGUUUGGACGCCGGACUGAUAUCUUACCUAGAGUCCAUCAUCAUGCCGGUGCCGAAUGAGGGGCUUUCCUACUGGGUCGCGGAUGUGGCAGUCAUACCCGCGGAUGAACUCUUCUUCAUUGAAGAAAACAGCUUGGACAACAAAGAGCGAUUCGUCAUUCUCUACGGCUCUUGGUCUGAGCAUGGGGGGCACAGCGUGGGUCUGGUUUACGACCAGCAGCGUCAUCAAGUAGCCAUGACACUUUGCCAAGAGAAUAUUGAGAGUGUAAGCCCUGUUGAUGAGCAUCUCGAUAUGUGGUUUCCGCUAGAGACCAUGCUUACCAAUUGGAUUUACAUGCUACGAAUUGGGAAGGUUACUGCCGGUCCGCAGAGGGUGUGGGAUGAUGACGGCCGUUCAGGGACCUCGGCUGCUGAUCAACUUGGGCCGUGGAUGUGGCAGCCUUAUAGUCUCGCGCAGGUUGACAGUGCCGUUGCGGCGAUUGAGAAGCUUUCGGCCGCCAUCGAAGCGAGAAUGCCGUCUGAUUCAUUGUUAACUAUCACACCCGACACACCACUAUUGGCCCAUGCAGAUCUUGACGCAGCAUCCGUCCCACGGGAUUGCUUCAUCCGCUCUGUUCUGACCAAAGUCAGGACUCCACGCUUCAGACACAUCGCACCUGGUCUAGAAGUACCGCAUGACGCUACCAAAUUCGUAGCUCAGCAACAGUUUACAGCCCUUCAAGCAGCUCGUAAUGAAGAAGGUGACGAAAUCAUCCCAUCUGUCCUCAUCUUCGCAGCUACAGAUAAACGGCGAACCGUCGGAUUCAACAAGGAGAUUCGUCGCACAUUCGUGACCGCCAACGAUCUACAGCCCAACGUCCCAUACAAAGAUGGACAACCUAUCCUAGCAGGAUUGUACAGUGAACUUAUCCGCCGAGGUGAUGGCGACAUUGCCGAAGAAGGAUUCCGACUGUUACUGCCGUUUGGUCUGAGAUCAAAUUUUAACGAGGAUCAAUACGCAGUCAGGCGGAGUGACGGAAGUCUCGUAGACGCAGGAUCACACACCCAGCUUUUCCAAUUUGGAGCGUUCCAUCCGUUUGGAGGGGAAUGGCGGGCUCAGAGAUUGGAGAAGUUGAUGGACCGGUGGCGUGAGCUUGUGGAGAAUGGGAUUUGGAGUGUUGGCAGCGACGGAGUGCAGGGGAGUAUAGAUGUAUUCGCGGAUGCAGAAGUGGGUGCUUGGAGGGAUUAUUGGAUUGAGCCUGAAUGGUAA